UCAGUCAGUCAGGUGACUCAGGUGGGAACCGGACCUGCUGCGUUUGGUCCCCCGGCGACAGAAGAACUGACCGGAACUAAAUGUGUUCGGUAAAAUCCCAUGACGGAGGAGCGAGCGGUGAGCACGUCGGCGGAGGAAGCUUCACAGAGCUGUGAAAACUACGGAAGCUGGAAGGCGAACAGAGAUAUGGAAUACAUACUGGCGUCCUCUGGGAGGCGACACAACAGCAUUUAUAUGACUUUACUGCAAAUAAGGGUUCAUCAUCACAGUACAGUUUCUCUAUUUGACUUUAGCUAAUGAGAAACCGACGUAUUCAAAGACCCAGAAUGGCUCCUGAGCACCUCGAAAUAAGGGUAAACAAAAUUUCCUCUUCCGGGGUUUGCGCUGCAGUAUCAUGGAUUGUAACUUCAUACUUCCACAUCCUGUGUUCUUUAUACAAUCGAGUUACGAAAUGUACCACGGUACGUUGCACAUCAUGACGACGCCCACCUCUCUGAAACUGGCAUUACCUGUUGACACCUGCCAUGCAAGCUGCGUAUGGUCAGGUACUGGUACUUUCAAAAUAAAACUGACUUCUGCGUAAUAUUGAAAAUAAAAGUCUCUUACGGAACAAUAAAACCAUCUGUGGUGUGUUUUUGUGUUUUUUACACAAAUUUUACAACCAUUUAAACUUUUUAAAAUGAUAUUUGGUAAUAAUAAUUGAUCAUAGUUUCUGUGAAAGUGGGAUUUAUUUUUGAAAAUGCGCGAAGGGGAAGUGUCUGAUUUCGACCUCCUUGACACUUUCCCUGUUUCCUCCACCCAUAAAGCAAAAAACAAAAAGUCCGGCUCCAUAUAACUUGUCAUUGAAGUGCACAGGUGGGAUCUGUCAGAGGAGACCUGGGUCCCUGGACAGAGACGCCUGGACCCUGAAUGGAGUCCGCCCUCCUCAAAGCUCCGGUUGGAGCAGGCGCUGCCGGUGUCAAGCCGCCAGCAGCCGGCAGCCUGGAGCCCCUCGCCGAGGUGGCAGAGCCUGCAGGUCCGGAGGAUAAGAUUCAACCUGGAAACCCCUGUGGAGUGGGAGACGGACAGGGGCUGCACCCAUCUGACAGCUCGGACAGCGAGGAUGAGGGUCUCGGCAAGAAAGAAAAGAAGAAGAAGAAGCUGAAGAAAAAGAAGAAGAAGAAAGGAUCCAGCUCAUCCUCAUCUUCCUCUUCCUCCUCUUCCUCCUCUUCCUCCUCCUCUUCUUCCAGCAGCUCCUCAGACAGUGACAGUGAGGAUGACAAGAAGAAGAAGAAGAAGAAGACGAAAAAGGAGAAGAAGAAGGAAAAGGAUGAGGGGAAAGACUACGUGUGGGACAGUGUCAUCAUCUCUCAAUCUGGUACCGAUGAACAAGUGGAGCAGGUGUGUGGAGAAAGUUUUGAGAAGAACCGGAAUUGGGACUCAUCAGAUAACGAGGAUGACAAGGUGAACGAGAAGAAGAAGGACAAGAAGAAGGACAAGAAGAAGAAGAAGAAAAAGAAGAAGAAGAAGAAGAAGAAGGACUCUUGCUCGUCUUCAGACAGUGACGAUGAAAAGAAAGAUAAGAAGAAGAAGAAGAAGAAGAAGAAGAAGAAGGAAAAGGACUCCUCCGGCUCCUCUUCAUCAGAUAGCUCCUCUUCAGACAGUGACGAUGACAAGAAGAAGAAGAAAAAGAAGAAGAAGAAGGUGAAGAAGAAGAAGGAUAAGGAUUCGUCCUCUUCCUCUGACUCUGACAGUGAAGAUGAAAAAAAGAAGAAGAAGAAGAAGAAGAAGAAGAAAAAGAAGACAAAGAAGAAGAAGGAUACGGAUUCAAGCUCUUCCUCUGACUCUGAUAGUGAAGAUGAAAAGAAAAAGAAGAAGAAAAAGAAGAAGAAGACGACAAAGAAGAAGAAGGAUAAGGAUUCCAGCUCUUCCUCUGACUCUGAAAGUGAAGAUGAAAAGAAAAAGAAGAAGAAGAAAAAGAAGAAGACGAAGAAGAAGGAUAAGGAUUCCGGCUCCUCCUCAUGCUCGUCCUCUGACAGUGAAGAUGAAAAGAAGAAGAAGAAAAAGAAGAAGACGAAGAAGAAGAAGGAUAAGGAUUCCAGCUCUUCCUCAUCCUCUGAUAGUGAAGACAAGAAGAAAAAGAAGAAGGACUCGAGCUCCAGCUCAUCUGAUAGUUCCAGUGACAAGGAAAACAAAAAGGACAAGGACAAGAAGAAGAAGAAGAGUUCAGGCUCAUCGGGAAGUGAAACUGAUAAGAAGAAGCAGAAGACUGACUGUCCUGAGGGUGAGCAAAGCGGCGAGCUGAAGGUGGAAGAUCCAGGUUCAUGUGGCGGCGAACUCCCCGCCGCCGGUGUCAGCGCCAGCAGCAGCAGCUGCUCCAAGCCCGGUGGCGUGAUGGUCGUCUCCUACGCGUCACUCCCCUCCAAACCCGUCGUAAAGCUGGAUCCCUCUUCGGCUCCCCCAGCCGUCCCCAAGCCGUCCGCAACGAUCGCCUCACUGAGCAUGGGAGACAGGGCCCCCAUCCGCAGACCCCCCAGCCCCAUGGAGGCCCUGAUGGGAAGCCCCAGGCGGUACGACGGAGGGAGCCGUUCCACGACCCACCUCACCUCAAGCGAUAUACUGAAAGGCCCCAAGCCUCAUCAAUAACGGCGCGUCGCCAUUUAAUAAAAUAGUUAUGUUACUUGUUUUAAAGAAGAAAAGAAAAACAUUGGAGGAAGUCGUGUGUGAUGAUGAGCUUCUGCUUCAAUGAUUCUCUCAGUCCCCUGAUUUUAUGCAAGAAAGAAUAUGGUCACUCAUUUUUUUAUGUAGUGUAGGAAAUGUGCACUGUGACAUAAUGACAACAUUUCAAGUUGAGGAAUAAUUUUGUAUAAUUGUUUUUCAAUUUGUAAGAAAAAAGCAUACUGGAGGAAAUUCACAAUCACAUGCAAUAAUUUAAAAUGCUUGCCUCAGGGAAUAAAACAAAGUGAUUUUA